CUCAACUUCUUCGGCGUCUCGGGUUCAUUUGUUUGUACGCUUUUUUUUUCUCGUGGUUUGUGCGUGCGGCGACGAGAUGAGCGAGUGAGAUGGCCGCGUUGUAGGAAUGGCUACCCUAGGCCUGAGCAAAGUGUUCAUUUUAGACAAGUACUUCACGGAGCUCCAGAAAUUCUGGGAAACAGAAAAGAAGCUGCAAGAUGCAUCCUCAUCCAACGAGGCAGUCCACCUACAGCAGCGCCUGCGCAGUUUGAGCACAGAGCUAGUUACCCUCAGAAAUCGGUUGCAUGUACAAGGAAGUAACCAAACGGCGCCGAAUAAGGGCGCAGGUCUCACCGGAUCAGGCAAUUUACCCCCUACUCCCGUCGCUACUGUCGAGCAAUUGCAACAGCCGCAGGUACCUCCAAGGAACGCACAGCAUGGCGCUGUCGUUCCUCCAUUGCUUUCCAACACAAAAGCAACUCACCCGCCAGUUAUCCAGCCGCCUCAAAGUUGCGUUAGCGCGGACAUUGAGGACCUCAUCCAUCUGCCAGUGCCACUUACGGAAAACACUGUUAUGAAAUGCCUCCAUGCCAGAUUUUCGGCAAAGCAGUUUUACACCAAUAUCGGACCAAUCCUGCUCUGUGUUAAUCCCUACCGAGACGUAGGGAAUCCCCUCACCUUAAAUAGUACAAGAAAUUUAUAUUUAAGUCCGCAACUCAACAAGGUAGUCCAAGAAGCAGUGAAACAGCAGUCGGAAACUGGAUAUCCACAAGCCAUUAUUUUGUCGGGAACCAGCGGAUCCGGCAAGAGCCACGCUUCGAUGCUUCUCCUGCGACAACUUUUCGCCGUAGCCGGGGGCGGGCCGGAAACAGACGCCUUCAAGCAUUUGGCGGCCGCUUUUACCGUCCUUCGAUCGUUGGGAUCGGCAAAAACUACCACCAACUCCGAAUCUAGCCGAAUCGGUCAAUUUAUAGAAGUCCAGGUAACAGACGGGGCCCUGUACAGAACCAAAAUACACUGUUAUUUUCUGGAUCAGACGAGAGUAAUUCGUCCAUUACCAGGUGAAAAGAAUUACCAUAUAUUUUACCAAAUGCUCGCGGGCUUGUCCGCCGACGAAAGGUCGAAACUCAACCUCGAAGGGCGGAAAGCUUCGACGUUGAAAUACUUGCAAUGCGGCGAUACCAGACAGGAUGUUACCGAAGACGCGACCAGGUUUCAGGCUUGGAAGACUUGUCUGGGCGUUCUUGGCAUACCAUUUUUAGACGUCGUAAGGGUACUUGCGGUGGUCCUUUUACUAGGAAACGUUCAUUUUCUGGACGGCAAGGGUUUGGAAGUCGAGGUAAAGGGAGAAGUUGAGCUGAACGCGGUUGCAGCUUUGCUAGGCGUCUCGGGAGCUGCUUUGUUUCGAGGUCUGACGUCUAGGACCCACAAUGCCAGAGGACAACUUGUCAAAUCGGUCUGCGACGCCAACAUGUCCAAUAUGACGCGGGACUGUCUAGCAAAAGCUCUCUAUUGUCGAACUGUCGCUACCAUAGUGAGGCGAGCGAAUAGUCUGAAAAGGCUGGGUUCGACCUUGGGUACUCUCAGUUCGGAUUCUAACGAAUCCGUUCACAACCAAGCGGAGGUAACAAGUCAACAUACCUCGACCAUAGGAGGCAGCAAUUCGGCCGGGAGCAAAUCCAUGGCAGCUCUAAACAAUGCUGUGCGACACGCGACCACGGACGGCUUCAUUGGUAUCCUGGACAUGUUCGGGUUCGAGGACCCUAAACCCGGUCAGUUGGAGCAUUUGUGCAUCAAUUUGUGCGCGGAGACCAUGCAGCAUUUCUACAACACUCACAUCUUUAAAUCUAGCAUAGAAUCUUGCAGGGACGAAGGCAUCAACUUUGACGUCGACGUUGAUUACGUGGACAACGUUCCCUGCAUCGACCUGGUCUCGUCACUCAGGACCGGUUUAUUGAGCAUGCUCGACGUGGAAUGCUCUAUACGCGGUACAGCCGAAUCGUAUAUUUCUAAAAUUAAAGUUCAGCACAAGAGCAACAAGAGGCUUUUCGAACCGAAGCCGAUAGAUCCCAGACUAUUCGGAAUCCAGCAUUUCGCGGGACGGGUGAUUUAUGAUGCCACCGAUUUUCUGGACACGAAUAAGGACGUCGUUCCAGACGAUUUGGUGGCGGUCUUCUAUAAACAUAAUUGCAACUUCGGGUUUGCCACGCACCUCUUUGGGAGCGAGCUCAAAGCGCUCUAUUCGAUGGAAACGGUACCCAGAGGAGUCAGGUUUAGGAUAUCGCCGACGUCACACACGGAUCUCCUCAACGGCGACGAGCCGGUGUCAACGCUCACUCAAGACUUCCAUACCCGUUUGGACAACCUUCUGCGCACCCUCGUACACGCGAGGCCUCACUUUGUCAGAUGCAUAUGCAGCAACAAUCAAGAAACAUCCAACAAGUUUGACAAAGGAAUCGUGGUCAGACAGAUCCGGUCUUUGCAAGUGCUCGAGACGGUAAACCUUAUGGCAGGAGGUUAUCCACAUCGGAUGCGUUUCAAAGCAUUCAGUUCACGGUACCGGCUGCUCGUGCCUAGCACUAAGCUUCAAAGGUGCGAGGAGAAGAUCAUAGAGGACUGUUGCCUCAUUCUGCAACACGCUGUCGAAUCGACGGUCAAAAAAACGGUCGGAGGCGCAGUGUCUACUAGGUGGGCAAUGGGAAAGAGGCACAUCUUCCUCAGCGAAGGGAUUAGACAGUUGCUGGAAAGGAUGAGGAAUGCAACCCGACAUAAAGCUGCCACCAUUAUUCAGUCGACAUGGAGAGGUUGGAAAUGCAGACAUAGAUGGUCCGCACGGCGUCGAGAAAAACCCGAGCCUCUGUUAAACGUACCAGCAACUAUCAAAUCUUCGGCACCCAGGAAUUUAACCGGAACCGGUCCCCGUCCGAGGCCUCAACCGAUUGCCGGAACUCCUCCUCCGGAUCCAGCAGAAAAAUGCGACACCAAAAUCAUCCAGCAGACCUGUAACCUAUUCGGUCUGGAUCUGGAAAGGCCUCCGCCGGUUCCUCCCAGCAGAUCGUAUACGGUCACGGGAAACACCAAAUUAGGUUACCCUCAGACCAGGAUCAUGAAAAUGUCCUAUCCCGAGGAUAGUACGGGAGACGGACCAGUGUUACUCAAGGGAGAAACCGUUCUGGUCGUGGGCGCUUCCCACAGAAGGGGCCAUUUGAUCGUCGAACAUAACCACAGUAGCCUGCACGUGCCUUUUCAGUUUAUGGAGUUGAAGCAGAGCGUCAACAUUUAAACUCGCCAUUCGUAUUAGUUCGUACUUGAACGUACUUAUUUUACGAACGAUUCAGGAUUUUUAAACUCACGUAAAGACUGUUUGCUUAUCGUAUCGAACGAGAAAAAAAACGAAUUGAUCAUCUGCGUGGGACAACGGCACUUGUCCGUUUUUAUUUAUUCAUGAAUGAAACAAACCCACAUACCCGUACAUUAUAAGAUUUGUAUUUAUAAAAAAAUUAAACGUUUCAAACUUUACUUUUUCUGUGUCUUAGGAUAGGCUAUUGAAGUGACGACCAUAUCAAUAAAGUACAAAUUUUAUCGGCAACGUGCAGAAAACAUCUUUCUUUUUUCGCUUACUGAGCCGCCACGAAAUGUAUGUAUGAGUUUUUUAAAAAAAGUUUGAAUACAAAAGUUGUUUCCGGUAAAAUGAUCUUUAUUUUUCGUGUACUAUUUCAAUUGCCGCUCAAUUACAUAGUGGGUGGUCAAAUAAAGUUAUAUAUUUUUAAAUAAAAAUUUAAAGGAUAUGUAUAGUAGCGUCAUACAAAUUAACUGUGCAAAAUUUGAACAAAAUCGGACUUUGUUUUUGGCAUAAAAUGCGUGCUUAUUUAAUUAUCUCUAAAUUAAAUGUAAAUACAUUUUAGCCCGUACUGCAAUAUUUCUACUACAAACGAACCGCAGACUUCGCUUAUACUCGCCGAGAUUCGUAUCGAAACAUUUCUUCUUCUUUACCUGUUGCCUGCAGUUUGGCACUAACAAUGUAUCAGUACGUGUGUUUUGUUAUCGUGAUUUUCCUUUUGUGAAUUUUAUCGCGAUGCUUCUUUGCAACAAAAAUAU